AUGUCCGUGAGAAGUAUUGAAAUUAUGGACAACACAACACCGGGCACUUUAACGUUAGAUGUAUUUGAUAUGGACACGAUUCAAAGAGCGGAACAGUUCCGUCCUAUGGACGUGUUGUUUGUGUCGGAUGUUCGUGUGUCCUGGCGCGGCGGGACGCGUCUUCAGAUGUGCGGGAAAAGCGUUCUCACACACCAGCCUCACACUCCUGAGGCGGAAGCUCUUAGACUAUAUAUCAGUAAUCAAGCCAAUACGCGUGGUGGGGCGCCAGGUUGGUCGGGGUGGGGAGAACGCGCUGUCCCAGCGACCGUUCGUCAGACGCGUGACAGACUUGCCACGGGCGGGAUGUUCUGUGCUGAGUUACAUGCACUACUUACACAUCUUGAUCUAGACGAGCUUCUACCCUCGACCGACAACACUUUAGAGGAAUUCAGGAUUCGUCUGGCUGAUCAUACCGGUGAAGUGACGGCUGUACUACCUAUAAACGUGUUGGAGAACGUUACUGGAUACUCAGUAGCGCAAAUAAAGAAUAUGAACGACGAACACAAAACUGGUCUUCGUUGGAUGUUCAUGUUGGAACACUGUUACUGUAAUAUAUCUGUAACACCGCCUCGUGUAGUGGUGCUAGCACUCAGAAAAGCCAUCGCUAACGAUCCAAUACCAUUAUAUUAA